AUGUUGCUACUCUACAGGACACCCCGACUGUUUCCUAGAAGCUUUGAUCUUACAUGGUCUACAAUAUCCAGAUCUCACAACACCGAACCACCGCCGGCCGCCUCCAUAAGCCCGCACGCACAAGCUGCCAUCUAUGCAUAUUCGCGUGGCAUUUAUCCGGGCUAUAUUGUGUGUGUCUAUUCCUGGAUCGAUGUCCGCUCUGGUGGGGGCGAGGCGGGCAUAGCUGGGAAGGAACGCAUAGCUGAUCCACCUAUUCGGCCCCCACGAAAAAACACCAGACGGAUUACCUAUGGGCACUCUCGAAAAAGAACAACAACCUCCAGCACGCAUACUGCAGCAGACCGGUUGGACUACACACAACGCCUGGUAGGGCGUAGAUGGGUAACAUCUAAAGCGAUGAGGCCUUACUUUGACCUUGCAUCCGCAUAUACCGUGGUGUUACCUCAUAUCAUGCAGUCACGGUCAUCUACCGCCUUACCACUUAUGCUUCUCCAGUGUUAUCCGGGAUGGGAUUUUGGGAAAUGCGCUCGCCAGAACAAGAGAUUUUUCUAG